CGCACGACAGUAGUGCGUCCUGUUCAGCCAUGUUGUGGUUUUGAAUGAGGAAGAAGCGGGAGAUGUCUUUCUUCAACGAGUUUAUGUGCGAUUUAAAGUGACGUUACGUAUAUGUGAACAAGUUUGGAUGUGACUCAACAUGAUAGCGGUUUUUCCGAACGCGUUGUUUGCGACUUAACGCAUUCCUGUGGGAAUUUAAACAUACUUUCAUAAAUUAGCCGUGCAGCUAACAGCGUCAGCUAGCUACCGAGCAGAGUGGUUAGCGUAAUUGUUAGCUAGGCAACUACCUUAUUCUCAGCCAAGUGGCUAACAGUUAGCUCGUGUCUUAGAAAAGUGAAAUGAUAAUUGUGAUGCGUGUCUACCUUUCAGACAGCCUCAGUUAUCCCGCCUGAGGCGAAUGAAGUGUAUGAACUGAAUUUGGUUUACCACAGUGCCAGGUAAACUGAAAGCAGCCUGAGCGCUCCAUAGUCACUCCAGCGGCGCUACAUGUAAAACUUUUGAACCAUGUUGAACAAAAUCUACGGAUGGAUCGAAACGAGUUUAGCCAAUCUUCGCGAUGGUGUACCAGCUGCGGAGGAAGCGGAUGUACGCCGGGCACCAGGAGAGGGUCAGAUGAAGAGGAAAAGACCAAUCGAAUGUUUGGAAGAUGGACACAACAUCGACCAAGACGGCAUACUGAUUAAGAAAUCACGAAUGGGGGACAUCAUUGACAGUGUCAAGGUUGCAGCUGAAGGUGUUAAGAGUCACAGUUCCAAUGUGGCUGCAUGGAUGAGAAACACUGUAAACCCUAAAAAUAUACUUCCCGCCUCCCCUGGACCUCCCACUGGAGAGGCACGGGCCUCAACAUCAGCGGCAGCCUGGGCAGGCAGACCGAUUGUUGAAAGGAACUCUCUGGAUGAUACAUUUGCUUCUCCCUCAACAACGCUGGAGUGGAAAACCUCCAAGUCAGAAUGGUUACGUAAUGAAAAGUCCAUCAUGGGAUCAAAACUCUGCAGGCGACAAGUAUGCAUGAGUUCUGUGCACCGUGAGUUGCCAAAAACAAAUGGGCAUUCACUCAACUUGCCGCCAUUUGUCACCCCUAAAUUGUACCAAUCUCCACGGCUUGGCAGACCCUUAAACCUUCGACCAUAUGGAACAAUAAGUGGUCAGAGCACCUCAAACAGCUCUAGCACCAGCAUGUACGAGAAGACUUUUCCAAUCAAAGUGAUGCAGAGCCCUACACACAGCACCUCGUCUGGGCGCAUCCACAGGGUCAAGCCUCACUGCACAGCACAGGAGUCUGUUCGGGAAGAGGAGAAGGAGGUCUACAGGCAGCUUCUGAGUAUGGUCUCUGGUGGUCAGUCAUCUUUUCUUCACAACGGCAGCUCACAUGCCAUUGUGAGGUCAAAUAGAGAUUUCACCAGUUUCCUGUCCACCAGCCGGAGACUGUUGCAGCUCUCUUCCCCUGCUGGGUCAGCGGCAGGGGAAACUUCCGAGGGGACCAGUGGCCCCCCAAGCCCACGAGGGAUGUCAAGCCAGAGCUCCAGCAACCUUCCCAGCCCAGUAGGGGCUUCCAGCAAACCAGGUAUCCAGACAUGGUCUCUGGACGCUGACAUUAGCUCCAGCAGAGAAGCCUUCUCCCCAUCUACUCUGCAGGAUAACUCCUCUCAGGACACCCAGUCAUCAGCUCAUGAUGGGGACUCUGUUAUUAUUGUAAAUGAGAAAAAGGGUAAAAAGCAGGACGGCACAAGCGUGCCGUGUUUCCAAGCGGAGUUAUGGAUCAAGGAAUUAACUAGUAUGUACGACUCUCGGGCAAGAGAGAGACGGAGACAGAUAGAAGAGCAGGAGGCCCUGGCUGCUCAGCUGCUGCGACAGCGCCUGUCUGAAGAAGGGCAACGCAGCCCAGAUGUGGAGGUUCAUAUUCGGGUCCCUUUGGAGAAGGAGGUUCCUUUGACUACUGUCAUAGAAGAACCAAAGGUUUUGGAAGACAAACCAGAAUUCCCUGAACUUACUGAGGAAAUGGAGGCUGAGGUAAACCGGGUGCUGAGAGGAGGUAGUCCUCAUGAAGUCUUAAGUGAAGGUUUUGGUCUCAGCCUAACUCGCAAAGACCUGCAGACGCUCAGCAACCUCAACUGGCUGAAUGAUGAAGUGAUCAAUUUUUAUAUGAACCUGCUGGUUGAGCGCAGCAAGGACCCCAGCUUGCCAUCCGUCAAUACAUUCAACACUUUCUUCUACCCGAAGCUGCGCAGAAGUGGCUACACUGCCGUCCGCCGGUGGACCAAAAAGACAGACAUUUUUUCUAAAGACAUCCUAUUGGUUCCUGUCCACUUGGGGGUGCACUGGUGCCUUUCUGUUGUGGAUUUCCGGAAGAAGGCUAUCAUGUACUUUGACUCUAUGGGAGGAAACAACGAUAAAGCCUGCCAAGAUUUGUUUGAAUAUCUGCAGGAGGAAAGUAAGGACAAAAAGGGCAAAAAACUGGAGACCUCGGGCUGGACUCUAUGCAGCAGAAAGGCCAAUGAAAUCCCUCAGCAAAUGAAUGGUAGUGAUUGUGGAAUGUUCACGUGCAAAUAUGCAGAUUACAUUACCAAAGACAAGCCAAUCACAUUCACACAGAAACACAUGCCCUACUUCAGACGAAGAAUGGUUUGGGAAAUCGUGAACCACAAACUGUUGUGAUGUUAGUCACAACAGAAGGGGAUUGUGAACUAUGUAUAGUCCUUUCGCGGUGUUACCAACAUGAGUUGCAGCUACGGCUGAGCUACAGUCGCACUGUUCUGGGAAAAGACUUGCACACCAGCUUAUCAGAUCAGGAAACCAGCUCUGCCACUUCCUACUGUCCAAGGCCAAUUAAGCCCUCAGCUGUUUUUGACUGAAGGGUUAUUGCUGAUACACCCAAGCACUGCCUCCCUGUCUUCUCGAAUGUUUUUUUGUUUGUGUUAUGGUGCGCCCAUGGAACAUCAGUAUAGCAGCUGAAACACUGCAUGGUUUAUGUUUAUGAAACAACACUUGUAUUGACAGACCAUACUCUGAGGUGCAACGUUCACUCUGAUGCGUACUCACAAAGUUUACAUGUUUUGUGUCUUACAGGGAGCUGACUAAUAUGUUGCAUUGUUUUCAUGACAGUAAUGCAUCAUUUUACAGUUAGUGUUUGAUAGUAACAUAAGCUGUGUUCACCCUAACAAUAUGAUUUGCCCUUAAAACUGAAAUUUGAAUGGACUCUUGUCAAAAACUUUGCUUCUUUGAGCUUUUUUUUCCCCCCUUGCAAUAUUAGUAUUCUCACACAACGGGGCUAUUUUUUUUUUUUUUUUAAUUUGAUGAAUUAAAAUACAUGCAUAAAUACAAAAAUCUUCAGAUGUGACAUUGCCUCAGAGUAUGAUUUAGAAUGAAACCAAAGUGUUGUCCCACGAACAACACAAUAGUCUUAGAUGCAGUUUUGCAGUUUGUUAUUCAUAUUCAUGGGUCUUGAUAAAAGAUUGUAAAUUAAGGUCCAAAAUAUAUUUUAUGUAUUUUAGUUCCAACAGCAAAAUAUUUUGAAUUUUGUACAUAUUUAAAUCAUAUAAGACCCUUGAACAGUGUAAUAUACCUUUUCUUUUUAUAUACCUGUUUCGUAUCUAUUUUUAUCUAGAGCCAAGUCUGUUUUAGAAAUAAAUUCUCAUGUAUUGUGA